AUGUCGAUACGAAUAGCACUCGACAACCCACCCGAGUUCUAUACGAACCUUGACUACAUCAGCGGCCGAAUCAUCUUGGGUUUACACCGGCCCGAAAUCAUUGGCAAUGUUGUUGUCAAGCUCGAGGGCGAGUCGCGUACCGCCCUAACUCAACCAGCGACGGGCGACCGCGAUGAGUACCAUAGACCCCGUGCUCCUGGUGCAGGAGGGUUUGGGAGUGGGUUUCGUACUAUGGACGGCGCAAAACAGCUCAUGUUGCAGCAUGUUAAGGCCACUCUACCACCUUCGCUCACGGGUUUCCCUCAGGAGGCCGAAAUACUUUACUACAUCAAGGUUACUAUACAACGCCCAGGAUUCUUCAGGGAGAACUGGCGAUAUCAAGUCGGCUUCAAAUUCUUACCCGUCGAGCCACCCCGGCCGCCUAGGACAAGCCAGGAAGCCUUCGCCCGCAGGCCUUUUACUUUUAGACCACGCGCCCUAACUCACCAGAGGAGAUCCCUAUUUGGCGGCAAAUCAUCAACAGCGAGCCCUCUAGAAGACCCCAACCAAAUACCGCCCUCGAUCGAAAUGUCAGCGCGGAUACCGUUUCCCAGCAUCGUAACAUGCAACGAACCUCUGCCCCUCCGGCUGAUCGCUCGGAAACUCGCGCCGACAAUGACGCGGGACCAGCAGGUGUACUUAACGGCGCUCGAAAUAGUUCUAGUUGGGUAUACACUUGUCCGAGUGCACCAUCUCGAAAAUACAGAACGUACAUCAUGGGUCAUCCUCUCCGCUCCUCAAGUCUCCCCUCCAAUCGCACUCUUCGACAACCCGCACGACAUCGUCGACGCCGAAUUUGAAGUUCCCCCGACCCUCUGGAAAGACCGACGUCUCCCCAACACCAUCGCACCAUCCUUUCGGACAUGCAACAUCGCGCGCCGCUACGAGAUCGAAAUCAAGCUAACGCUAAGCUGGGGCCAACCCCUCCCCGCCUCUAACCCCUUUUCAAGCCACAAGCAGACCAACGCCCCAGCAACAGCAGCAGCAGCUACAACAACACAGGCGCAGCGCCCGAACGCGAUCGCCGACCCCUUGUAUCCCCCACAGCUAGGUACUGCGGGUGCAGUUAUGUUCGGAGACGCCCCGCCCAGCUACGACGAGGCGAUGGCGGAUUCACUUGCUGGGCCCGCGGCGCGGCCCGCGUAUAGCGGGGUCACGGCCGAGAACGCACCUAGUACGAUGCCGCCUGAGAAGUCGUGA